AUGUCGCUCUCCGAAAACCCCAUCACAUACACCCCCUCCCAAGCCCACAUCGCCCCUCUGCUAUCUUCCCUCCACGCCCUCUCUCUCGAACAAGAAUCUCAACUUUCCCGUGCUUCCUUCGGUCCCUACAGGGCUGACUUUUUCGACGCUCUCAUGCAAGACAAGUUCAUAGCCUUGGAUGAAGACAAGUGUUGGUUCGUAUACCAGCUUUUGAGGGCAAAGAAUGCUAGCGUCGUCGUCGAAGCUGGAACGAGUUUUGGAGUCAGUACGAUCUACCUCGCUCUCGCAGUCCUCAAUAACCAACGCGACACCCCAUCAAUCUCGCCCACGGUAAUAGCGACGGAGAAUGAACCCACCAAGGCUUCCCAAGCCCGCGCGUAUUGGCGCGAGGCAGGCCCUGAUGUGGAGGGCGUCAUAGACCUGAGAGAGGGUGAUUUGAGGGAAACUUUGAAGCAGGGGAUACCAUCCGAGGGGGUGGAUGUCUUGCUACUUGACAUCUGGGUAGACAUGGCCCUACCCACGCUUACGAUCCUCGAACCACACUUCAAGACCGGCACCACCAUCAUCACCGACAACGUCACAUCCUCGGCGGGGAAGAAGGGCUAUCAGGAGUUGUUUGCGUAUAUGAAUGACCCGGAGAAUGGGUAUAGCAAUGUUGUGCUUCCUUAUAAGGGUGGCUUGGGGUUGAGCGUAUUCACGGGCAAGAAGGCUUGA